CUGACAGCAGAAAUGACCAUACACCGAUCAAGGGCACUUCCCCAAACCCAAUAAGGUGAUGAAGAAGACGGGAUGUUAGUAGUGUUGAGAAGUCCGACUCAUAUUCUCGAAUCGGUUCUUUCAACCAGUUCACUGCAACCGAUUCGUAACACGUGGACUGCGCUCUGACCGAACGAGUCUGAUUUGAAAACCGGUUCAAAUGCUUCGUUUAAAAGAACCUAUUUAAUGAAUGAUUCCUACGCGAAUUGGACAUCACUAGAUGUUAUAGCGAAUGGUUGUCAUGCUUUAAGACUGGAGUGGACGAAAGAGGGCGGAGUGUGUUUGUCAUUAAGUGUGAAGUACUGACUCCCUGCCCCCCCCAUCUCUUAUUCGAUCACGUCUGUUGUGGUCCAGCAUCAUAUUGGGGGGAGAGCGUCGGGGAUUCUGCACAUCUGCUGCGCUCCUGCAAGGAGAUACAAGACAGAGUCAGCAUCACUUACACAAACAACGCCAAUGUAUCUGAAGGGAAAGGGAUUACCGAUGCAAUAAUUGUCUUCUGACCAGGAAUCGGGUAUCCGAAAUGCGUGAAAAUCCACAGGUGAAAAUGCUGUGCUGAUUUGAUUCAUUCCAGCUGUGAUUUCUCGCAUCAGAAUUGGUGAACUGACGCUUGUAAGGUAAAGGAACGGGACUGAAGGAUAUGGCCAUAUACCGGAUAUCGUUACUCUUGCAAGUGGGAUUUGUUAUAGGAUCAAAUUAUAGAUAUGUGGAACAUGAUCGGGACCUAAAAGCAAAGCUGCCCAAUUACAAUACGCACAACAAUCAGCAAGCGCACCUCCGGAAACUCCAUUCGGGUUUAGCGCUGAAGAUUGAGGAACAGGUACCCAGAGUGGUGACUGCGUUUCUGCACACGGGGGAUUCCUCCACCUUAAAACACGCCAACUGCUCCAGUAGAUAUGAGCUGGCGGUGUCGCGGGGAAGGACUCGCGGAGACGCGCAUCACGCCAUGCGCAGCGUCCUGGACACGGUCCUUCACGCCACAAACUUCCUCAACAUGAUCCUACAGACGAACAAGUCCAGACAUCACAGCCCCAGACGCGAUAUGGAGUGGUACCACGCUCUGGUCAGGAGUAUCCUGGAGGGAGACAUCAAGAUCCAUCGAGCAGUGAUCACCUUGAGCACCGAGUCCCCUCCUGAAGGGCCACCUGUUUACCUUCAGGCCACACGGGCAGGUGGAGAGAUCAUUCUCCAGGAUUUAUCCAGCACUGCCCACCAUAUAUUGAAAAUCAGAACUGCUGAUACCGAGUGGUACCAUGAGCAUAAAAAUAAAAAGAAAACCCAUCUCCAAAAACGAGUGCUGAGUCAAGACUUUGCUUCUUUUGACGCGUCUGUGCGCAACGGAGAAAGUUAUAUUACCGACAAAACUCAGAUUCACUGGUCAGCUCCGUAUCUGGAGUGUAAAAAUGGGAAUUUCAUUCCCAGAUGGCUCCUGACACUGUCUGCUGGCUUCUAUGGCCUUAAACCCAACCGGAAUCCAGACUUCAGGGGUGUUGUUCGUGUGGACGUCAGCCUGCAGGAUGUGGAUAUUGAUCAGUGCUCUGCAGAUGGCUGGUUUGCAGAUGCCUGGCCACACAGGUGCAACAUCACCUCUAUGGAACUGCGAGAGUUUCAGGAGCAACAAGAGGCUCAGUUCGCAUUACGGGACAUCACCGUGGACGACAUGAAAUAUUAUUAUGUCGUCGCAGCCCUUGGCAGCUUCAUGGCCACGUGA